AUGUCAGAGCAUUGCCACGGUGCGUUAGUUCAGUUCUGGCUGGCCUCGUCGCACUUCGGCCCCUUUGAUAUCUCUGACCUUGAAAACUGGCUCCGUAAGAUCAUCGAGUCUCUGCACCUGCCCAAGCUCAGGACUGCCCUGAAAGAUGGCAUACCUCUGCCUAAGCUCUUCGGCAUGGACCUGACCAAUGCUGCUGUGGACAUCGCCGACGCAGCGGGCACCGCCAUGCUAACGUUUGGGGGCAUCGCCUUCUUGUGCGGUUUGCUGACACCAGCUCUAGGCCGUUUUCCAACCGAUGCCGUCCUCAGGGUCAAUAAAGGGGUACUAAGCAACGCUGUGGAAGGCUCGCUGGCAGAAGGCAGCGCCCUCCAAGGUGUGCUCCGAGAAGUACCCCUGGGCAACGGCGGUCCGAGCGCAGAUGGAGGAGGAGGCGGCCUGCUCAGCGGCGGCCUUGGGGGCGGUGGUGGCGGAGGCCUACUUGGAGGUGUCACUGGUGGUUUACUUGGUGGUGGUGGAUUACUUGGUGGGGUGACCGGUGGUUUGCUUGGUGGUAGUGGCAGCGGUGGUGGCCUGCUUGAUGGGGUGACCAGCAGCUUGCUUGGUGGUGGCGGCGGUGGUGGUGGGUUAGUUGAUGGGGUGACUGGUGGUUUGCUUGGUGGCGGUGGUGGUGGGUUACUCGGUGGAGUGACCGGAGGCUUGCUCGGUGGUGGAGGAGGUGGCGGUGGUGGUGGUGGGUUAGUUGAUGGGGUGACUGGUGGUUUGCUUGGUGGCGGUGGUGGUGGGUUACUCGGUGGAGUGACCGGAGGCUUGCUCGGUGGUGGAGGAGGUGGCGGUGGUGGUGGUGGGAUAGUUGAUGGGGUGACUGGUGGUUUGCUUGGUGGAGGAGGUGGUGGUGGGUUACUUGAUGGGGUGACCGGAGGCUUGCUCGGUGGUGGAGGAGGUGGAGGUGGUGGUGGUGGGAUAGUUGAUGGGGUGACUGGUGGUUUGCUUGGUGGAGGAGGUGGUGGUGGGUUACUUGAUGGGGUGACCGGAGGCUUGCUCGGUGGUGGAGGAGGUGGAGGUGGUGGUGGUGGGAUAGUUGAUGGGGUGACUGGUGGUUUGCUUGGUGGAGGAGGUGGUGGUGGGUUACUCGAUGGGGUGACCGGAGGCUUGCUCGGUGGUGGAGGAGGUGGCGGUGGCGGUGGUGGGUUACUUGGUGGGCUGACCGGCGGCUUGCUUGGUGGCGGUGGUGGUGGCGGUGACGGUGGCCUGCUUGAGGGGGUGACUGGUGGCUUGCUGGGUGGCGGCGGCGGCGGAGGUCUGCCUGGCAGUGGUGGUGAUGCUAACGGUGGAAGCCCGGCGAACCACGCUGGCCAAGACCUACCGGGUGGCAGUGUUCCUGGAGGAAGCGUCCCCGAUGGCGUUGCCGGAGGACUGCUAGGACAAGGAGGUCUGCUUGGCACUGCAGGUAUCCUUGGCGGCCAAGGUGGUCUGCUGGGCAACGGAGGUCUGCUGGGGAAUGGAGGCCUGCUCGGUGGUGGAGGCGUGCUCGGGAUCCUCGGAGAAGGAGGUUUGCUCAGCACGGUCCAGGGGCUUACAGGGUUACGAAUCGUGGAGCUCACCCUCCCCAAGGUGUCCCUGAGGCUGCUGCCUGGGAUCGGCGUCCACCUGAACUUGUACACCAGGGUGGCCCUCAAUGGAAAGAGUCUCCUCGGUUUCCUUGACAUCGCUGUGGAGGUGAACAUCACGGCAAGGGUCAGGCUGACGAUGGACGGCACCGGCUACCCCAAACUGCGGGUAGAAAACUGCGAUGCCCUCCUCGGUAAUAUUAAAGUCCGACUCCUCCGAGGCUUGCUCCCCAUUGUGGAUAACUUGUUGGCACGGGUCCUGAACGGACUCCUUCCUGGCCUGCUCUGCCCCGUCGUGGACGUUGCCCUGGGACUCGUCAACGAUCAGCUGGGGCUUGUCAACUCCCUGGUGCCACUGGGUAUACUGGGAAGUGUCCAGUACACCGUAUCGAGCCUUCCGCUAGUAACUGGCAAGUUCCUUGAAGUAGAUCUGAAUACUGUGGUCGGGAGCGUCGGAGGAGGCCUCCUUGACUACCCCCUGGGCAAGCCAGAAGCUGUCCCUAUGGCACCUGGGGUACCGAUGCCACCCAGGGUACCGAUGGCACCCGGAGUACCGAUGCCACCCAGGGUACCGAUGGCACCCGGAGUACCGAUGCCACCCAGGGUACCGAUGCCAUCACUGCCGCCGAUGGAAGAUAAGACCUCCUCCCAGCUUGGCCUCUCCGUAAACUUCCUUAGCUCCGUGAUAGCUGUCCUGCAGAAACAAGGGGCUCUAGAUAUCGACAUCUCGGACGGGAUGUUUCCUGAGCUCCCUCCAUUAACGACAUCGACUCUUGGAGCAUUGAUUCCUGCGGUUUUCCAGAAGUACCCCGAGCCCCGGGCACUGCUGCUGAAGGUCGUAGUCCCUGGCGUUCCCACGGUGACUCUGGCCAAAGAUAAAGGCUUGAUACACCUCCUCGCGACUGCCGAACUGAUGGUCGCCCAACCCAGCGAUGCCUACAAGACCCUCUGCCGGCUCAAUAUCGAUGCUUCUCUGCUGGCCCGCUUCUCCGUGGAAGACAACAAGCUGAAGAUCAGCGUCAGCCUUGACAAGACUCGUCUCUCCUUGGCGUCCUCCACCCUCGGCAAUUUUGAUAUCUCACUUUUGGACAUGCUGGUUAGCAAGAUUUUUGACGUCGCCUUCCUGCCAGCGAUGAAUAGCAUCCUGGGAGAAGGCGUCCCUCUCCCCAAGCUGCUCAACAUUGACUUCAACAACGCUGACAUCGAUGUCAUUGAAGAUCUCCUCGUGUUAUCCGCGUGAGCCCGUGAAGCCAGACUGGGAAAGAGUCCUGCGGACGUACACCUCUCCCACUGGAAAGAGCAGCGAAGCCCAGUCUGCCGGCGGGCUCUGGAGUGGGUCCCCUUCAUACCCAGCGCAUCGAACCGAGACCUUAGCUCUCCCGUAGAACAGCUCUGUCCCAUCGGCCACUUUAAUCAAACGUAGCUUGUCCGCUUGGGGCCGUGGAGCUCUGCACCCGCUUGCCGCAGCUUGUGAUUGCCAGGAACAUUUUGGUUCAGAAAAAUGCUUGUAUUUUUUUUGGAAUCCCCUGCUCCUGUUUUAAUAAAAAAAAGGUCCUGUU